CUUCCCCAAAAUUGUACUUGUUUUAGUUUACCGCAAUGCUUAAUUGUUAUUGGCUACUUUUCGGCAUUCUUGUUUAUGUGACCAAUUAUAUGCAUUUAUUUACGUCCACGAGUUUGUGAGAUAUGGCAUAGUGCAAUGGAAACCCAUUAAUUAAUUGUAGUCGUACGCAUUGAAAAUGGCUGAAUUGUUUUUUCGUGAAUUACAAUAAAUUAAUAUCAAUGCUAAUUGCCACUGUGAAAUUGACUAAAAUCCAAAGUGCGUAGUCGCGAGUAUGGAUGUGGACGAUUCAGCUGUUGACCUGAGCGUCAGGUCUUUGCCCCCUGAGUUGAGUGAGCUGCGGGCUCUGACGGCCAGCGGGCUGACCAUAACGCCAGCACAACCACCCCCACAUGGUGCAAGUGGCAAGCGCGUGCUGCGGCCGCGCUCGGAGCAGCGCAGCUACGCCGAGAGCCCGGACAUCGUGUUGCUGCCCGCCGCGCCGCCGCACCGCAAGCCCAGCACCGCUCCUUUCACUGACAUGAGCAGCAAGUUGAAUUCGUCAUCAGCGGUGAACGUGUCCAUAACCGCCGCGGCGGCGCCCGAGUCUCCGCGGGACCCGCGCGAUGACGACUCCUCCGAUGAUGAGAAUGAACCCCCCAUUCCGCCUGUGGACCGGGAGCUGUCGAGCGCUGAGAUAUGGGAACGCGAGCGCCUAGUCCGCGCGUUACGAGAAAAACUACGCGCCGAGGAAACACGCUUGGUCCUCUUGAGGAAGAUACGUCAGUCACAGUGUGCGCCGCCCAAGGCGGAGGCGGCUGGCACGGCGCUGGCGGCCUCGGGCUGCGUGGUGCCGCCCGGCGUCACCGUCACGCCCGCGCCGCCGCCCGCGCACCAGGGGAACAAGCGGUCGACGAGCGCGGCGAACUCGAGCGCGGCCGCGACCAGCUCGAGCCGGCGCACCUCCAGCCUGCCUGGCGGCGCCACGCUCACGCCGGGGCCCUAUCGCACACAGUCGUCCGGCAGCGGCGCGAGCAUCACGCCGUCCGUCACCAUCACGCCGGCGCCGCCGCCCGCCGCCUCCGCCAACGCCAAGCCAUCUCAGGAUAACUCGUCGGUGACGAGCAGUACCAGCGACGCAGCAAGUUCGCGCAGCGGCGAGGAGUCUCAGACGCCUGCGCAGCGCCAGGCGGCCGCCAAGCUGGCCCUGCGCAAGCAACUCGAGAAAACACUGCUACAGAUCCCGCCGCCAAAACCGCCGCCCCCGGAGAUGAACUUCAUCCCCUCCCCCUCCAACACAGACUUCGUGUAUCUGGUCGGAUUGGAGCACGUGGUCGACUACCUUACCAACGAGGACCGCAUGCCCCGCUCGACGGUCCCGGCGGUGUGUGCGCAGUGCGGUUGCGACUUCACGCCGGUGUGGCGCUGGGAGCGCGCGCCGGCGCGUCGCCUCGACGCCACCUUCACCGCGCCGCCCGCGCCGCCGCAGGCGCGCCGCCUGUGCGAGCUCUGCGUCUCCGGGAACGUCAAGCGCGCACUCAAGGCUGAGCACACGGCGCGGCUGAAGACGGCGUUCGUGCGCGCGCUGCAGCAGGAGCAGGAGAUCGAGCGCCGCCUGUCCGCCGCCUGCGCCUCGCCCCCCGCGCCCGCGCCCGCCGCGCCCGCGCCGCCGCCCGCGCACGCGCACCAGCACCGCCCGCAGAUGUCGGUGACGCGCACCAGCGCGCGCGCCGCGCCCACCCCGCCCGCCGCGCCGCCCGCCAAGCCGGCGCCGGCGCAGCCCGCCAGUCGGAACUCGUCGCUGGGCUCUUCCUCCCUGGAGCGGCACCACGAGCGGCGCGCCGAGGGGGAGGCGCCCGCCAAGAAAGGUAAAGCAGGCUCGUCUUCGAGCAGCACAAGCCAGAGCAGCAGCAGCAAGCCGCAUCAGCAGUUCGCGGCGGCGGCGGCGGCGCAGAUGGCGUUCGAGCAGCACUCGGCGGCCGCCAUGCAGGCCCUCCAGCACCAGCUGUUGCGAGGUCUGAGCGGCGCGGGUGCGAGCGGCAGCAUGUCGCCGGCGGCGGCGGCGGCCGCCAUGAUGCAGUUCAGCCCGCUGCUCUACACCUACCAGCUCGCUAUGGCGCAGGCUUCCGCGCUCGGCAAGCGGUCGGGUAAAAACAGCAGCGGCAGCAGCAGCGCGGCCAUGGCGGAGAUGCAGCGCGUGGCCGAGGCCCAGCGGCAGUACCUGCUCGACAUGAUCCCCGGCCAGCACGCCCGCAACCCCUGGACCAAGAACUAGCCAG